AUGAUCAAAAUCGACCCUUACAUAAACAUCGAUGCAGGAACUAUGGCACCUACCGAGCAUGGUGAAGUCUUCGUCCUUGAUGACGGUGGUGAGGUCGACCUCGAUCUGGGAAACUAUGAACGCUAUCUAAAUAUCACAUUGACUCGUGAGCAUAACAUCACUACUGGCAAAAUAUACCAGCACGUUAUUCAAGCCGAGCGACGCGGGACGUAUUUAGGUAAAACGGUCCAGAUCGUUCCUGAUCUUGUUGAUGCGAUAGCCGACUGGAUAGAGCGGGUCGCGCUGAUUCCAGUUGACGAGACAGAAGAGGUGCCAGACGUGUGUGUAAUCGAGCUUGGGGGAACGGCAGGUGACAUGGAAAAUGCACCCUUCCUAGAAGCGUUAAGGCGAUUGCGAGGGAGAGUUGAGAAGGACAACUGGAUACACAUUCUUGUUACUUUGGUUCCCGUGAUAAUGAAUUCUGAGCAAAAGACGAAGCCAACGCAGGCGGCUAUGCGAGAUGUGCUUUCUACUGGCCUGAAGCCAGAUCUAAUUGCAUGCCGGUGUGAAGUGCCACUCAAGAAAUCUACAUUAGAUAAGGUUGCUUCGUCGUGCGACGUAGAACCUACUAAAAUCAUAGCUGUUCACGAUGUUGCGUCGACGUAUCUUGUCCCAGCCCUAUUGGAGGAACAAGGUUUACUCGCUUCAAUCUCUAAACUACUGCGUUUUGACCUCAUAGUGAAGACCCCACAACAAAAUGAAAUUGGAGCCAACAUGUGGAGAAAUUGGAAAAUCCUAACUUCACCCCAAGGCGGCUCUCGGAAGAGCGUGACAAUAGCCCUAGUUGGCAAAUACACCAGCUUUAUGGACUCUUAUAUGUCCGUUCUCAAGUCAUUGGAGCAUUCCGUUAUGGCUUGUCAAAGCAAACUCAACCUCAUUCUCGUCGACGCCUCACACUUGGAAGAACGAUGUGUCGCAUCCUCAGAAAGUGACUAUGUCCAGGCGUGGAGCAAAGUCCACGGAGCAGAUGGGAUUCUUGUGCCUGGCGGAUUCGGUGAACGAGGUACAGAAGGAAUGAUAGCAGCUGCACAGUGGGCCCGAGAGAACAAAACCCCGUACCUAGGAAUAUGUCUAGGUAUGCAGAUUGCAGUCAUCGAGUUCGCACGCCACAUGUGCAAUAUCCCAAAAGCCGGAUCGAUCGAACUAUCUCCGGAGUGUUCGAACCCAGUGAUCAUCUUCAUGCCGGAGGUUGACAAGACGAACAUGGGUGGCACAAUGAGACUCGGCAGCCGACCAACUGUCUUCCAAGAAGGAAGCGACUGGUCCAAGGUGCGGAAACUGUAUGCGGAUAAGAAAGUUAUCACUGAGCGCCACCGUCAUCGAUAUGAGGUUAAUCCCGAUUACAUCGAGAGUCUCAGCAAAGCCGGUCUUCAUUUCAUAGGCAAAGAUGAAAAAGGCGUUCGUAUGGAGAUUAUCGAGCUUCAAAAUCAUCCUUGGUAUGUAGGUGUGCAGUUUCAUCCUGAAUACUUGUCACGCGUUUUGCAGCCCAGCAAGCUGUAUAUCGGUUUUGUUGCUGCGGCAAUUACAAACCAGGCAAAACCAGAGGAUGCGAAGAAACCAAUAAAUGGUAUUGCAAGCAGUAUUAUAGUAUGA